AAUAGCGUAUGCUUUGCGCCUGAACCGAAGUAUUGAUUUUAAUGUUACUUUUAUUUUUUACAGGUUUUAGGCCUUUAGAAUUUAUCGAAAUUGUUGCCACUGUGUAUUGCCUAUUUUACUUCAUACAGUAUGGCAAGCUAUGUUCCUGUCGAACUGGCAUACGAAGUAAUUGAACCUGUGGGUUGUGCUACUAAUAAGUCACCCAUUAUUUUCUUACAUGGCAUUACAGAUUCAAGAGAAUAUUGGACUGAUGUUCCCCAAAUUGUUGCGAAUGCUACAAGAAGAAAGGUUUAUGUUUUGGACGCUCGAAACCACGGGGACAGCGAGUGGUCGGAUGAAUUCACUUUCGAUCUCAAUUCGGAUGAUUUGGUGUAUUUCAUGGAUAAGAUGAACAUUCCCAAAGGUAUUUUAAUAGGCCACAGCAUGGGUGGACUAAGUGUAAUUAGAACUUCAUUUAAAAAGCCAGAGAAAGUUUUGAUGGCUAUUGUUGAAGACAUGUAUGUAAAGAAGUUAUCCAAAGAAAUCCUGGAUAAAAUUGUCGAUUACGCAGUUUUAUUACAGGAAGCUAAUGUAGAAAUGCCGUACAAUCUGGAUAAGGAUGGAGCCCAGAAGUUUAUUAAAGAUUAUAUACUCUGUCGCUUACCAAAGGACUAUCCAGCAUUAGAGAAGUUUAAAGCUGAUAACCAGCUCGCCGGCGAUUUAAAACUCAAUUCAGAUGGUCGCUAUGGCGUCAAAUCUAACUUAAAGGUAUUGGUGAAAGCAAUGAGAAAUGCAGACACUCUGAUGGAAGAGCCUAGUGGUGUUUAUAACGGACCAGCAUGCUUUAUAUAUGGCGCAAUCUCAUCAUAUUCAGUGGGAGCGGAUAAAGAUCAUAUAAAGCAAUUUUUCCCAAGGGCUGAAUUUAUCGAAAUAGAUGAUGCUGCUCAUGAUGUGCACAUAGAUCAACCUCUUCACUUUACGAAAGCAGUUACAGAAUUUAUUUUUCAGAAUGAAAAUUUAUCCUAAUAUUGUAUGCAAAUCGAUAUAGGAAGAAGCAUCAAUAUUUCUUGUUUUUCAAGUCAAUGAUUUGAAAUAUUACAGAGAAAGAUUUAAUUCAAAAUAAAAACGUAAUUUCGAAAUUAAGAGAUCUAUUAAUACAAUAUAAAUUCAGAAAUGUUUUCAUUUGUUAUUUAAGUAUGAUCUAUGCAACAGUCGUGUAAUGUAGAAAUAAAAUACUUUUUCUCUGUUUGUUAUUUCCUUUAGGCUUGUAUUUAACUCUUCUAUAUCCAGAGUCAAAUUCGCUAAGGAAGUGACUUACAGUUAUAGAAAAACAUCAAUAUUCAUUGAAGUUUCAGUAACAUUUCUCAACACCCAAAAGCGAAGCGAUAUUGUUUUAAUUUCGCAGGAACA